AUGAGUUGAUAAGGUGAUUUGUCACGUAAAACCGUGGAGCGCUGGUCCAGCUCUAUGUUAUACGCCGAGUGCUCUCUAUCACUCUCUUCACUGAGUCUGUGCAUGUAACUCAACCUCUGUUCUUGUCCAGUGUCCAACAAUGCUAAAAUCAGCAUUCACCCCCAUUUACUGGGUGCUAUCGCCCAAACCAAAAUCACCAAAAAUAUCACAACAUUUCAUCACAAACACCUUUUCAAACAGCACACCACAUGUUCGACAAAAUUCCUCUUCCAAACAGAACCUCACCAUCACCCCUUCUUCAGCUUACAUUCACCUUCCUUUCUGUAGAAAACGUUGCCACUACUGUGACUUCCCCAUUGUCGCCCUUGGCUCUGCUUCAACCCAAACACACGACGACCCGCGUGUCAUAAACUACAUACAAUGGCUAUGCAGAGAAAUCAACGCAACCAAAGUAGAAGAAAACCUCGAUUCCGAGACGCCCCUUCAAACGGUCUUUUUUGGAGGUGGGACACCCUCUCUGGUUCCUCCUAGUAUGGUUUCCUCGGUUUUGGAGACACUGAAGAUGAAAUUUGGGUUGAGUGAAAGUGCUGAAAUUUCAAUGGAAAUGGACCCGGGUACGUUUGAUUAUAGGAAGAUGCAAGAUAUGAUGUUGUUGGGAGUGAACAGAGUUUCUUUGGGAGUUCAAGCGUUUCAGGAGAAGCUUUUGAAGAGUUGUGGCAGGGCACAUGGUUUGGAAGAGGUUCACGAGGCUAUUGAUAUUGUCAAGAAAUGUGGGGUUGAGAAUUGGAGUAUUGAUCUUAUUGCUUCACUGCCUCAUCAGACUAGUGACAUGUGGGAGGAAAGUCUAAGACUCGCCAUUGAGGCACAGCCAACUCAUGUUUCUGUUUAUGAUUUGCAAAUUGAACAAGGCACAAAAUUUGGAAGACUAUAUGCACCGGGGGAAUUUCCACUGCCUUCUGAGACACAAUCAGCUGAUUUCUAUAAGAUGGCUUCAAGGAUGCUUUGUGAUGCAAGUUAUAAUCAUUACGAAAUCAGCAGCUACUGUAAGAAGGGGUAUGAAUGCAGACACAACUUUACAUAUUGGAAGAACAAGCCUUUCUAUGCCUUUGGCCUUGGCUCUACUAGCUUUGUUGGCGGGUUAAGGUUUGCAAGACCCAGGAAGUUGAACGAGUACAUGAAAUUUGUGGAAAAUCUGGAAAAUGGAUCAGUAAAUAGCUCAUCUGAUGAUGACGUUAAUACCAAGGACACUGCUCUGGAUGUUGUGAUGCUGUCCCUGAGAACUGCAAGAGGUCUAGAUUUGAAGCGUUUCCAAGAAUCAUUUGGCAGCUCUCUGGUUUAUUCUCUGUUUGAGGUUUAUAAACCUUAUGUUGAGAGUGGACACAUGGUUUUCUUGGACGUGCAAAGGAGAGCCAUUAGAAUAGAGGACAUCAACAAUUCUCUUUUGUAUGAUAUUAACUCAGAAAGGAGAGUGGCCUAUAUGAGGCUAAGUGAUCCAAAUGGUUUCCUUUUAUCAAACGAGUUAAUAGCCCUUGCUUUUGGGGUUAUUGACUCUUGGAAGGAUUAUCCUUCUGCACUACAAGAAGCUACUUGAAAGCAUUAGUAUCUAUCUGUCAAUAGAACACAAGUUAUAGCUGAUGGUAUACAGCAAUUAUUGUGGCUUGUUUUACGAGAUGGCUACUCAAAGGCAAACACAAAGAUUCCCUGAUCCAUACAUUAUUCCAUUGACAUAGAUUCUUUGAGUGUGUUCUUUGGUUUUAAGGGAUGGAUGCUGAUUUUGCGUGUGCCAGAUUUUUGUGUGUAUGAUUGUAGAUGCCCGGCAUUUAUGGUUGAGUGGAUUCAUGGGAUUUUUCUUCCACCCUAAUGGUUUCUAGUUGUAUUUAUAAUGGUUGGUUGGCCUACAGGAAUUAAAAAUUAUUUAGUAGCAAGCAUGAUGUGAAUAAGGGAAAAGAUGGGAUUUUGAGUUUUCGCAAGAGGAAUAAGGACGGUAGGUGGUGGGGAUAUUUUAGAGGAAACAAUUAAAAGCAGUGAGAGGGAGGGAAUGAGUUUUUUUCUGAUAAAUUUCAUUUCUGCUCUUUUGUAUUAUUGCGAGAAAUUCCAUGAUCACUGUUCUGCACUUAGGAGAUACAAAUGUGGAAUCUAUACAACUAAGUUCUCUGGUUCAACCCGACUUUAUUUAUUUUUUUAAGUUCUCUUUUAUGUUUCUCUUGAGGUUAUGUUCAUUGCUUACUGUGAUUUUAAAUUGUCUUGAAUAACUGUAUAUACGAAUAUUGUAAUGUUCAAGUAUUAAGCUAUUUUUUGAUAGCUCGUGAGUAAAGUAAAGAAGCAUCCUCCCAUAGGAACUAUCAUUUAGUAA